CCAAAGCAAAUUGACCAAUGAAAUGUGACAAGGUGGGCGGAACUUCCGCUGAAAACGCUUGAGAGUGCGGGGACGACUGAAGCGGUAUGCUGCUGCAGCGGUGAGCAUCUAGUACGCUCCCCAGCAUGUGGAAACAUGGAUAAAUACAGCAGGAUCAACAAGAUCGGAGAAGGCUCCUUCGGGAAGGCCAUCCUCGUCAAGUCCAAGGAAGAUGGGAAGCAGUACGUCAUCAAGGAGAUCGGCAUCUCACGGAUGUCCAGCAAGGAGCGGGAAGAGUCCCGCAAGGAGGUGGCUGUGCUGGGGAACAUGAGCCACCCCAACAUCGUUCGGUACAGGGAAUCCUUCGAGGAGAGCGGCUGUCUGUACAUAGUGAUGGAUUACUGUGAGGGCGGAGACCUCUUCCGCCGCAUCAACGCACAGAAAGGUGUGCUCUUCCCUGAAGACCAGAUCCUGGACUGGUUUGUGCAGAUCUGCUUGGCUCUGAAGCACGUCCACGACCGCAAGAUUCUGCACAGGGAUAUCAAAUCCCAGAACAUAUUUCUGACCAAAGAUGGGACUGUGCAGCUGGGAGACUUUGGGAUUGCCAGGGUUCUCAACAGCACAGUGGAGCUGGCCAGGACCUGCAUCGGCACCCCUUACUACCUGUCCCCCGAGAUCUGUGAAAAUAAGCCCUACAACAACAAAAGUGAUAUCUGGGCCUUGGGUUGUGUCCUGUAUGAGAUGUGCACGCUUAAGCAUGCAUUUGAGGCAGGUAACAUGAAGAACCUGGUGCUGAAGAUAAUUCGGGGGUCGUACCCCCCCGUGCCCCAGCAGUACUCCCCAGAUCUGCGGGGCCUGCUGGGGCUGCUCUUCAAACGCAGCCCCAGAGAGAGGCCCUCCGUCAGCACCGUCCUGCACAGAGCCUUCCUGUCCCGCAGGAUACACAGGUUCCUCACCCCACAGCUCAUCGCUCAGGAAUUCAGCCCCACCGUCCUGCACCAGCUGCAGCUCAGCUCUCAGCCACAGGCUAAGCCAGCUAAGCGCCCUGCGGCUGGCCCCGCCCCUGUAGCUCCCGCCCAGAAGAUCACCAGACCGGCCGCUAAGUAUGGAGUGCCUUUAGCCGCCCGCAAGCCUUCGGACCGGAGACCGCAGGUCCGCCACAGACCGGCCCCCUUGCCAGCCCCUCAGAGGACACUGAGUCAAGCGGAGGAGGAGAGGAGGAAGUGCGAGGAGAACGUUCGGAAGAAACGUAUGGAGCCGAUGGAGAAAGACCGAAAACAAAGAGAGCAAGCCCUCCUGCUGAAGGCCAGCCAGAUGAAGCGAUUUGAGCGGGAGAAGCUGAAUCGGAUCAAUCGGGCACGAGAGCAGGGCUGGCGGCAUGUCCUGAGCUCUAGCGGGGGAGGGGGCAGUCCUGAGAGGAAGUUUUUUGGAGGUGGUGGUGGGGUGGGUGUAGCCCCUGUCCCAGUGGUGGGCGUGGUCCCUGUCCCAGGGCCAGGUGUGGCCCCUGUACCAGCAGUAGGUGCGGCCCCUGUCCCUGACUCAAACAAAAGCCAGCUGGAGAAUCAGCCUCCCACCCCAGAGCAGAGCCCCAAACUACAGCCCAAAGAGGCGGGCAGGACCGGCAUGGAGACCCCCAGCAGGGGUGUGCCAGCAGCUGCCGGACCUGUCAUGUGCAAUGGCCCCAACCGUCUCCCUGCCAACGGCCCCUCCCACCUCCCCAACCACGACGCUGUCAAGCGAGAGCUACGCAGACUGGAGCUAGUUACCAGGCAUGCUAAUGCCAACAAGCAGCGUGGGAUGGCAGCCGCCGAGAGGGCCCGGCAGGUGGAGGAGUUCUGGCAGCGCAAGAGAGAGGCCAUGCUGAACAAGGCACGUGCCGAAGGCCAGCUGGGAGCUCGGCAAAACCUGGCGGCUCUGUAUGGAAGCAGGCCGAACUCAGCGACAGGCAGGAAACGCAUCCCCAACAAAGAGGAGGAGGAGUACUUGGCCAGACUGCGUCAGAUCCGUCUGCAGAACUUCAACGAGCGGCAGCAGAUCAAAGCUCGCCUUCGAGGAGAAAAGUACGACAGCGAUGGCUCAGACAGUCAGGAGUCCAGCGACGAAGCGCAGCUCAGGAGAAAGAAGAUUGAGGCUCUUAAGGUGCAGGCACAGACUCGGGCUGCUGUGUUGAAAGAGCAGUUGGAGAAAAAGAGGAGGGAGGCGUACGAGCGAGAGAAGAGGGCCUGGGAGGAGCAUCUGGUCUCCCGGGGGGUGAAGGUGGCCCCCCCAGGACCCGGACCCUCACUGCCAGAGCCCGGGGCCCGAGCCCCCCCCUCCCCCAAAUCCACCCCCCAAGCCAUCUCCAUGACAGCCGCCCUGAAGGACGUGGGCGCGGAGGGGGCGUGGGCGCAGAGGAUGGUGGAGGACCCCGGCGAGCUGGGCGGAGCCGGGCUGCAGAGUGAGAAGCGGGAGAUCCUGCGGCGGCUGAACCUGAAAGUGCCGAGCAGCAGCGUCGGUGAGGAGGAGGAGGAGGAGGAAGAGCAGCCAGCCCCGCCCUGUCCCAGCGCCCCAGAUGUCAGACCCCCUACGGGGGGGGACAGGAAACGAUGGGAGGCGGGAGCACCCCCCCUCCUCCCUGCAGCCCAGGCAACGCUGGGGGACGCAGGUGCGCAGGUGGAUCCCCUUGAGGAGAGCCCCCCCCACGCAGGUGAGCGCAGACGCUGGGAGGCCAGAGACCUGCCCCUCAUCUCUGUGGCUCAGCAGACCCUCGAGGAGACCAGUCUAGGAACUGCUGAGAGGACAUCGGGGGAGGUGAUCCGGCUGGAGGUUGGGCAGGGCGAGGUCCCCAGGAGGGCGUGGGGGCGGAGCCCGGACACUCAGGUGCUGAAGGUUCUUGGAGAGGCGGAGCUACAGCCUAUCACCCUGCUGCUGGAGAAUGCCAGUAUCCAUGGUGAUGCCACUGCAGCAGAAAGCCGGAGCCAAGGUGGUGUAGGAGAACCAGGAACACAAGAACCUGAUACCCAGCCACCAAAACCCCAAACCCAUCAACCAGAACCCCAACCCCAUCAACCAGAACCCCAAACCCAUCCAUCAGAACCCAAAACCCAUCCACCAGAACCCCGAACCCAUCCACCAGAACCAAAAACCCAUCAACCAGAACCCCAAACCCAUCCACCAGAACCCCAAACCCAUCAACCAGAUCCCCAACCCCAUCAACCAGGACCCCAAACCCAUCCACCAGAACCCAAAACCCAUCCACCAGAACCCCAAACCCAUCAACCAGAACCCCAAACUCAUCCACCAGAACCCCAAACCCAUCAACCAGAUCCCCAACCCCAUCAACCAGAACCCAAAACCCAUCCACCAGAAUCCCGAACCCAUCAACCAGAUCCCCAACCCCAUCCACCAGAACCCAAAACCCAUCCACCAGAAUCCCGAACCCAUCCACCAGAACCCAAAACCCAUCCACCAGAAUCCCGAACCCAUCAACCAGAUCCCCAACCCCAUCCACCAGAACCCAAAACCCAUCCACCAGAAUCCCGAACCCAUCCACCAGAACCCAAAACCCAUCCACCAGAACCCCAAACCCAGCCACCAGAAUUCAGAACUCAGGAGACCCCCGCAGAAGAAGCGGCCUUAAUAUCAGCACCUGCUUGGAGUGGGAGAGACACUGAGGCAGAGCUGCAGGAUGUGGAGGUGGAGGUUCUGGAGGAGGGUCCGAGACGGUCUUCAACCCCCCCGGCCUCAGUCCUGCUGGCCUGGGACAAGGAGGUCCCUGCCCCCCCACAGCCGGGGCCAGCGGAGGGCAGCGCAGCUCCACCAGAGGCCAGAACAGAGGAGGAGUCUGCUGGGAAGCCCCCUCCAGACCCCAGAGAGGGGGAUCCGUUGUUCCGGCGGCUGUCGUCUCCUGCUCACCGUCGAGCCGUGGCUCUGGCCCUGCUGGGUGCCCAGUCCUCCCAGUCCUCGCAGGAGGACUCCUCCCUGGCGUCCCGCUCCCGCUCCGUGUCCCCCGUCAGGCAGAAGGACAAAGACUCGCUCCUCAUUGGCCUGUCCACCGGCCUCUUCGAUGCCAACAACCCUAAGAUGCUGAGGACGUGCUCUCUGCCGGACCUCAGCAGGCUGUUUCGGAGCGGUGAUGAUGGUGCUGCUGGUGAGGCGGGGGGGCCCAGCGCUGAGCAGCCCCCCAACCUGGAGCUGGAGGACCUGGAGCAGCCCAGUGGGGAGGAGCAGGAGGACAAUGCAUAUGAGGAGGCAGAUGAAGAUAUGCAGGAGCUGAGGGCAUCCAUGGAACGCCUGCUUCAGGAGCCCAGUGAAGAGGAAGAAGAGGAGGAGGAUGAGGAGGAGGAGGAAGAAGAUGAAGAGGGGUCUAACGGCACGCCUCCAGAGGAGGAGGCUGGGGGACCCCUGGAGCCCGUCACCAAUGGCCUGGAGGAGGCGGGGGAGGAGCCGAGCAGCGGGAGCGAACUCAACGAGGAGUGGCACUCAGACGGCAGUGAGGAAGAGGAGGAGAGCGAGGCUGAGUAUCAGGACAGUAUCUUCAGUCGUCUGGAGGAGCUGCGCUUUCGGCUGGAGCAGGAGAUGGGCUUUGAGAACUUCAUCCAGGCCUACAACAAAAUCAAGGCCAUCCAUGAAGAUGAGGAUGAGAACAUCGACCUGGGCUCCAGUCUGGUGCACAACAUCCUGGGCUCCCAACACCAGCACCUGUACCCCAAAAUCCUGCACCUGGUGAUGGCAGACGGAGUCUACCAAGAAGACAAUGAUGAAGAGGAGUAACUCUUCCAGGUUGCUGGCAGCCCCUGACACUCUGCAAGCUGACUUAUGUCUUCCCAGGAUGCAAUACGUGUGAGAGAAGAGGGCGAGGGAGGGGGUGUUUUUGGGGAGUGGGGGCACCAGUGAUACUCACUCAGCACCGCGUUUACCAAGAGACGCCUCGUUCUAAAUGAUUUCACUCAAGACUGUUCUGUAGAGUCGAAUGUUUCUUAACCAAAGUGUCAUUCUGAAUGUCAUUCCAUAGCUGUGUGUCUGUAGGCAUCGUCUCUCUCUCUCUCUCACACACACACACACUUUCUCUCACAUGCACAUACAUGCAUACUCUCUCUCACGCACACACACACACACACUCUCACCCACACACA